GACGGCGAGGGGCAAGUGGGAGAGGCGACACCAAACAAGGGAGGAGGCGCACCCCCUCCUCCGCCUCCUCUCCUCUCCUCUCUCGGUCACGGUGACAUGUAACCGCCGCGACGCGCCGCGCUGCCUGCCGCGUGGUUCCCUUCCCCCCUCCACCCUCCUCCUCCUCCUCCUCCUCCCCCUCCUCCCAAUAAAAUUGCUCGGGCCUCGCCUCGCCUCGCCUCGCCUCCAGAUCUGCGCCGCUCCCUGGCCGCCGGGACGGGAGCCGCCGCGUUCGACCGCCGCGCCUGCUCCUCUCGCUAGGCGCCGCCUGGCUCGGCUCGCUCCCCUCCCUCCCUCUUCGUUACAAGAUGGCGAUGAUGGUGGACCCUCCUAAUGGCAUGGGAAGCCAAGGAAAGCAUUACUACACCAUGUGGCAAACACUAUUUGAGAUUGACACCAAGUAUGUGCCAAUCAAGCCCAUCGGAAGAGGGGCUUAUGGAAUAGUUUGCUCCUCUAUAAACCGUGAAACCAAUGAGAAAGUUGCGAUUAAGAAGAUAAACAAUGUCUUUGACAACCGCGUGGAUGCACUGAGGACCCUACGAGAACUGAAACUCCUUCGACACUUGCGCCAUGAAAAUGUUAUUGCUUUGAAAGAUAUAAUGAUGCCAGUACAUAGAAGGAGCUUCAAAGACGUAUACUUGGUUUAUGAACUGAUGGACACAGAUCUACAUCAGAUAAUUAAAUCAUCCCAACCUCUUUCAAAUGACCACUGCCAAUAUUUCCUUUUUCAGCUACUCCGAGGUCUGAAGUACCUCCAUUCAGCAGGGAUACUCCAUCGAGACCUGAAGCCGGGGAACCUCCUGGUUAAUGCAAACUGCGAUUUGAAGAUCUGUGACUUUGGUUUGGCUCGCACAAACAACACUAAAGGCCAAUUUAUGACUGAAUAUGUUGUGACCCGGUGGUAUAGGGCUCCUGAGCUGCUGCUCUGCUGCGACAACUACGGAACCUCCAUAGAUGUAUGGUCUGUUGGCUGCAUCUUUGCUGAGCUUCUUGGCCGCAAGCCAAUAUUUCCAGGAACUGAGUGCCUCAAUCAGCUCAAGCUCAUAGUCAAUGUUCUCGGCACCAUGAGUGAAGCUGACAUCGAGUUCAUUGAUAACCCAAAGGCCCGCAAAUAUAUCAAAACCCUUCCAUACACUCCGGGCAUUCCCCUCGCUAGUAUGUACCCACAAGCACAUCCUCUUGCUAUUGAUCUAUUGCAGAAAAUGCUUGUCUUUGAUCCUUCCAAAAGGAUUAGUGUCACUGAAGCUCUGGAGCACCCCUACAUGUCGCCACUGUAUGAUCCAAGUGCAAACCCUCCUGCUCAAGUGCCCAUCGACCUUGACAUCGAUGAAAAUCAUGGCGUGGACAUGAUCCGUGAGAUGAUGUGGCAGGAGAUGCUCCAUUACCACCCAGAGGUUGUUGCAGGAGUGAAUAUGUGACAAGGCAGGAACGAACAUGUGAAGGCUGCGUGCUACGCAAAGAUCUUCACAUGUUGGUUUUUUUUGUAUAAAAUCCUAUUCCGAUUGUCGCGCCUAUCAAGCUAAGCUAUGGCGGUGUCGCCCAUGUGACCUCUUAUGUAAAUAUGUGCAAAUAAGAACAUCAUGCAGUUUUCUUCCCGUGGAUCUCUACUUGUAGUAUAUGGAGUAAUGUGUUGUAUGAGUACGUAUAGCAGAAUUCAGCCAGAAUUAUUGAGGCUUGUAAUGCUAGAUGCUACUAUAUUACUCUGUAAGGUGUUACUAACUUUCAAGUGGCAUUGCUUCCAUAUAUUUGCCA